CGCUGUCUAUUGACUGCACUUUUAAUGUGAAACUCUGAUUGCGUUUAAAAUAAGUUUUCUGAAAGUUUGGACACAAAUGUGGGGAGUAUUGCACCGAUUGUAUGGACGGACACAAUGUGUGCAUACAUUGAGGCGAUGCUUGAGUUCAGUGACGGCCAAAGACUUGGAUGUGUUUCGCGGGAUUGUGGGCAACACUGGCGUCAAGACGGAAGACCUGGACUCGUAUAACACGGAUUGGCUGCACACUCACACAGGACACUCAGAGGUAGUGUUGACGCCGAAGAGCACUCAAGAGGUGUCGUCUCUAAUGUCUUACUUGAAUGAAAGGUCACUGAAAUGUGUGAUCCAAUCGGGAAACACAUCACUAGUGGCUGGAUCUGUUCCGAUCGACAAAGAAGUGGUUCUUUCAAUGACUAAAAUGAAUGCAAUCGAGUCGUUGGACACGACUUCGGGAAUCCUUGUGACAGAAAGCGGGUGUGUAUUGCAGACACUGGAGGAAUAUGUCAAUGAGAAGGGCUUUAUAAUGCCGUACGACUUGGGGGCGAAGGGCUCGUGUCUUAUUGGGGGUAAUCUGGCGACCAAUGCGGGAGGUCUUCGGUUCAUACGAUACGGCUCUUUACACGGAAGCGUUUUGGGCGUUGAAGUGGUCUUACCUAACGGUCAGGUCUUAGACCUCAUGAGUUCGAUGAGGAAAGACAACACUGGAUAUGAUUUGAAGCAACUAUUCAUUGGCUCUGAGGGAACGUUAGGUGUGAUCACCAAAGUGUCCAUUUUAUGUCCUCUUAAGCUCAGACACCAAACCGUAGCCCUUCUCGCACUUCGAAGUUAUGACCAUUUGUUGAAAAUCUAUCACAAAGUUCGGAGUCAAUUGUCUGAGUAUUUGACGUGUUUUGAGAUGAUGGACGACCUGUCCAUGGAUGCUGUGGUCACUAAUCUGGAACAAAGCCAUCCCCUCAGCAGUCGAAGUGAUUUCUAUGUAUUGUUUGAGUUGUCGGCCAAUGAUUCCGAACAUAUGGAAAGCCGUUUAUCUCAAGUGAUCGAAGAGUUAAUGAAAGAGGAGUUGAUUAGUGACGGCACGUAUGCCAGUGAUGACAAUCACCACCGGUUUCUCAAACUCAAGUCCUAUAGGGAACGUAUAGCCGAAGGCCUGUUAAGGGAUGGCUAUACUUAUAAAUAUGACAUCUCUUUGCCUUUGAGUGUCUUCUAUGAAAUCGUUGAAGUGAUGAGAGAACGACUGAAGAGUACAAACUGUUUGCGGGUCUGUGGUUACGGACAUAUCGGCGAUUCAAACCUUCAUUUGAAUAUCACGUCCAAAGUGUUUGAUAAACAAAUAAAGACAUCAAUUGAGCCCUUCCUCUACGAAUACAUUAGCAAACAUAAGGGGAGUAUAUCCGCGGAACACGGGUUGGGACUUAUGAAGAACUCUUACCUUAAGUUUUCCAAACCACAGGAAGCUAUUGUACUUAUGAAAGAGAUUAAAAAACUAUUUGAUCCCAAAAAUAUCCUAAAUCCUAAUAAGGUUUUGCCUAAUAAUUGAGCUCAUUAUUGAUUCUUAUUAAGUAGAC